AUGGCCAGGAGAGGUAAGAGCGUGGUGAGGACGCUGGAAGAUCUGACGCUGGACUCGGGUUAUGGUGGCGCGGCGGACUCUGUCCGCUCCUCCAACUUGUCGCUGUGCUGCUCUGAUUCGCACCCAGCGUCGUCCUCGUACCCUUAUGGAGGGAGCUGCUGGCCGCAUCUAGCUGACUCCAUGCACAGCAGACACAACAGCUUUGACACCGUCAACACUGCCCUGGUGGAAGACUCCGAGGUGCUGGACUGUGCGGGCCAGCACUGCUCCAGGCUGCUACCCGACCUCGAGGACGUGCCUUGGACCCUGCCCGAACUGGAGGCGCUGCUGCUGCUGCGCCCCCGGGAGCCGCGGGCCGGCCUGGCAGCCGCCUGCCUCCCAGCGCCCGUGACGGGCCCGGGCCUGCCCAAGGAUGCUCUGGCCCGCCUCUCCACACUGGUUAGCCGGGCGCUGGUGCGGAUCGCCAAGGAGGCGCAGCGGCUAAGCCUGCGCUUCGCCAAGUGCACCAAGCACGAGGUCCAGAGCGCCAUGGAGAUCGUGCUGUCCUGGAGCCUGGCGGCGCACUGCACGGCCGCGGCGCUCGCUGCGCUGUCCCUUUACAACAUGAGCAGCGCCGGCGGUGACCGCUUCGGCCGUGGCAAGUCGGCCCGCUGCGGGCUCACCUUCUCGGUGGGCAAGGUGUACCGUUGGAUGGUGGACAGCCGCGUGGCGCUGCGCAUCCAUGAGCACGCCGCCAUCUACCUGACCGCCUGCAUGGAGAGCCUCUUCCGGGACGUGUACGGCCGGGUGCUGGCCGCUGGGCCGCUGCAGCCCCCCCUGGCCCUGGCCCCCGCCCCGGUUCCCGCUCCGGGCCAGCCGCCGCCGCCCCCGCCACCUGGGCGGGAGGCUGGGGCAGGAGCGGGGGCCGGGCCUGGGCCCGGGACGGGCGGAGGGGGCUGCAGUGCAGGGAGCAGCACCAGCGGGGGCAGCAGCUGCUGCGCGCCCCCCACCGCUGGCGCCGCCGCAGCCACUGGCCACCACCAUGUCCACCAUCAUCACCACCACUACCACCAGCCGCAGCACCACCACCAUGCCCCCCAAGAGCCUCCCAAGUUCACGGUGGAAUCCCUGGAGCAGACCAUCAACAAUGACUCGGAGCUCUGGGGGCUGCUGCAGCCCUAUCAGCAUCUCAUCUGCGGGAAGAACGCCCACGGUGUUCUUUGCCUGCCAGACAGUUUGACCCUUCAUCGAGACCCCCAGCGGCCAAACAAGCCGGGAGAACUGCCCAUGUUCAGCCAAUCGGAGCUAAGGACCAUCGAGCAAUCCUUGCUGGCCACCCGAGUGGGCAGCAUUGCAGAACUGAGUAAGCCCUUCCUCGUGCUGCCCCCUUUGAUGGAAUGGAUCCGGGUAGCUGUGGCUCACGCUAGUCACCGACGCAGCUUCUCCAUGGACAGUGAUGAUGUCCGCCAGGCCGCCAGGCUCCUGUUGCCAGGGGUGGACUGUGAACCCCGACAGCUCAAGGCCGACGACUGCUUCUGUGCCUCUCGGAAACUGGACGCCGUGGCCACAGAGGCGAAAUUCAAGCAGGACCUGGGCUUCCGGAUGCUGAACUGUGGACGGACGGACUUAGUAAAGCAGGCGGCGUCCCUGCUGGGACCCGACGGGAUCAACACGAUGAGCGAGCAGGGCAUGACCCCACUGAUGUACGCCUGUGUCCGAGGGGAUGAAGCCAUGGUGCAGAUGUUGCUGGAUGCCGGAGCUGAUCUGAAUGUGGAGGUAAUCAGUACUCCUCAUAAAUAUCCAUCCGUCCAUCCUGAGACCCGCCACUGGACGGCUCUGACAUUUGCUGUGUUACAUGGACAUAUUCCUGUAGUUCAGCUCUUGCUAGAUGCUGGGGCCAAAGUAGAAGGCUCUUUAGACCAUGGUGAGGAGAAUUAUUCAGAAACACCCUUGCAGCUGGCUGCCGCUGUAGGAAAUUUUGAACUGGUUAGUUUGCUGUUGGAGCGAGGAGCCGAUCCAAUGAUAGGAACAAUGUACAGGAAUGGCAUUUCUCCAACCUCCCAGGGCGAUAUGAAUUCUUUCAGCCAGGCUGCAGCCCACGGACACAGGAAUGUGUUCCGCAAACUUCUUGCUCAGCCAGAGAAGGAGAAGAGCGACAUCCUGUCCCUGGAGGAGAUUUUGGCCGAGGGCACUGACUUGGCGGAGACAGCCCCGCCACCCCUGUGCGCCAGCCGCAACAGCAAGGCCAAACUGAAGGCCCUAAGGGAGGCCAUGUAUCACAGCGCUGAGCAUGGCUACGUGGAUGUCACAAUUGACAUAAGGAGCAUAGGUGUGCCGUGGACUCUGCAUACUUGGUUGGAGUCUUUGAGGGUCUCUUUCCAGCAGCACCGGAGGCCAUUGAUCCAGUGUUUAUUAAAGGAGUUUAAAUCUAUCCAAGAAGAGGAGUACACAGAGGAACUCAUUACCCAAGGCCUGCCACUGAUGUUUGAGAUCCUAAAGGCAAGCAAGAAUGAAGUGAUCAGUCAACAGUUAUGUGUCAUCUUCACUCAUUGUUAUGGACCUUAUCCCAUCCCUAAGCUGGUGGAAAUUAAGCGGAAGCAGACUUCCCGUUUAGACCCUCAUUUUCUCAACAAUAAAGAGAUGUCUGAUGUUACCUUUCUCGUGGAAGGAAGGCCAUUUUAUGCCCACAAAGUGUUGUUAUUUACUGCAUCACCCAGGUUCAAGGCACUCCUGUCCACCAAGCCAACAAACGAUAGCACAUGCAUUGAGAUCAAUUAUGUGAAAUACCCCAUCUUCCAGGUAACCUCAUCAUCCCUGGCCCCAGGCACUUCCAAGCAUGCCCAGUGCAAAUGCAGUUGCCUCCUAGAACUCCUGUCCGCCGCCAAGUUCUUCCAGCUCGAAGCUUUGCAGCGACAUUGCGAGAUCAUAUGCGCAAAAGGCAUCAACACAGACAACUGUGUGGAUAUAUACAACCAUGCCAAGUUCCUUGGUGUCACAGAGCUCUCGACCUACUGCGAAGGCUACUUCCUUAAGAACAUGAUGGUCCUCAUUGAGAACGAGGCCUUCAAGCAGCUUUUGUAUGAUAAAAAUGGAGAAGCUUCGGGUCAGGAUGUACUCCAGGACUUGCAGAGGACGUUGGCAAUCAGGAUACAAUCCAUUCACUUAUCCUCUUCCAAAGGCUCUAUUGUAUAA